UGCUCCGUUUUCCCUCCCCGCUACUUCCCGGCUGUUGUCUCCUCGUACAGUAGCUUCGCCGGCUGAGUGGAGGAGGAGGAGGCGAAGGAGAGAGAGAGGGGGGGGUCAGACUACUUCCUUUUGCGAUCCGAGCGACGUCUGUUCUCCGUUCAGUGCGCACUUCUCUCUCUUUCUCUUCCUCUCUCUCCCCGUUUCAUCCCAUUGCUUUUUUUCUGUAUUUUUUUUUUUACUUCCCCAUCCCUAUGUACAACCUCCGCGUUUCCGGACGAGAUGACUGUCAGAGCGAGCGCACGAGCGCAUCCCACAGGUGUGUCGCUUGCCAACUGAUCUGCAGCUACGAGACACGCACACCUGGAAACUAACCUACCAUGUGACUCGGCACCUGGGCGUGGAGAAAGUCCCGAAAUUCUAAGCAAAGACACUCUUUUGUUGAAGGAGUUGUUCGCGUCGUCUUUCAGCGGGAAUUGACAUUUCGUGUAACCAAGCAGUCCGGGUUUUGUUUUUCUUUUUUAUACUACGGAAUAGUGCCUUUCUGAAGCCCAGCCCCCCUCACAGAGGCGAGUAAAAUGUAAACUUGCUUACGGACGUCUUUCUCCUUUUUUGUAUCGUUCAACCAGGAAGGAGGGGGUAGAUUCUUCAGGAUUUGGAGUAUUCGCGUUUGUGCCACUGUCUUCGCUCUCUCUUUUCCCCCUUUCAAGAGCCCAGGCCCUUAAUGAAGCUGGGGGUCAGCGGUGGUGUGCGGCUAAUUGGCCAAGUUUGCCCGGGGCUCCGGCAGCCUGUGAUUGAAGUGUCCAGCAAGCACCGACUGUGCAGUCACUGCUGCACCCUACUCUGUUUCGCUUCAACAGCCAAGACAGUCGUUGCACCCCUGUCGGCCUCUCCCUAAGAUGGCAAGCUGGGUCUCCAUCCUUCUCUUCCUCUUCUGGCUGUCAGUCUCUCAAGCCCAAGGGGGGAGUGGAAAAAUCCCCACUGUGGAAUUCAUCUCUGAAACCCUGAUUAACAAUGUGGUCCAGGACCCACAGACUGGUCGCAUCUACCUGGGAGCAGUCAACAAUAUCUUCCAGCUGAGCCCGUCCCUCCAGAAGGAGGCCCGCACUGAGACGGGCCCAAAAAAAGAUGCCAAAACAUGUACACCUCCUGCUUCAGGCUGUCAGGACACAGUGCUCAUGCCCAACAGCAACAAACUUCUGCUGGUCCACCCAUCCAAUGGUUCACUAAUAGUAUGUGGCAGUCGGUACAGAGGCAUAUGUUCCCUCCUCAACCUGUCUAAUGUAGAACAAGAGUUGUAUUACAAUGACAACAAAGGAGAGAGGACUUACGUGGCUAGCAUAGAGGAUAAUGUGAACGUGGUGAGCGUCAUGUCCAACUACACAAAAAAUGGCCGGACCUUCAAAGUGUUCCUUGUUGGAAAGGGCUAUGGAAGCCUGGACAGUACAAAACUAAUCAGCACACGAAUCCUUGAGGACUACCAGGACUGGGUUGUGUUUGAGAACAUCAUUGAGGCAUCAGCGGUACAGACGGCGCCAUUUGUCCUCAAGUACUUACACGACUUCCAACAUGCCUUCAAAGAGGAUGGUUUUGUGUAUUUCCUCUUUUCUCGGACUCUCGAUGGCACAGAUAACAAAAACUUGACUUUUGUGUCUCGUCUUUGUGAAAAUGACCAACAUUACUAUUCGUACACAGAGCUCCAGUUAACCUGCGGUACAAACAACCGGUACAACAAAGUCCAAGCUGCAUAUGUGGCUUUUCCAGGAAAAGAGCUGGCACGGGUCAUGUCUCAAUCUGGUAAUUAUGGGACGGUCACCUCAUUCACAAAAGUCCUCUUCAUGGUGGCUCAUCCAGAUGACGACGAAAGCGACUCUGCUCUCUGCAUGUACCCGCUGAACUCCAUCAAUCAGCAGCUGAUGGAUAUAAUCAGUGCAUGCUACAGUGACUCUGGGGAGAUUUCUGGGGUUCCUGCUGUGGACGUACCCUACUCAUCUCAAACCUACACAGCAUGCACUUCAAAAAUUUCUAAGGAUGCAUUGGGAAACUUCAAGUGUGGUGCAGAACAUUUGCUUUCGCCUCUGGCAAGCAAGCCAGCAUUUGCCUUAAAGGCAGAUGCAGCGUUGACCAUGUCGGUCCAUCUGACUGCUGUAACUGUUGCUGUGGAGAAUGACCACACGAUCGCCUUUUUGGGCAGCGCCAACGGAGAGGUCUUCAAGGUACACCUGAGACCAGGUGAAUAUGGCAACGAGCCGUACUCCUAUGUUGGCAACAACAUAGGAGAGAAGGUCAACAAGAACCUUUUCCUUGACCAAAGCCAGAGCCACCUCUACAUUACCACAGAGAAAAGGAUCACCAAGGUGCCAGUGCAGACGUGCCUCGAAAUGAAAGACUGCCAAUCAUGCGUGGGACUGAGGGACCCUUACUGUGGCUGGUGUGUUUUGGAGGGCAGGUGUACCAGGAGGUCUGAGUGCCGACGGGCAGAGGAGAAGAAUGGCUGGUUGUGGAGCCCCAAGCAGCAGUGUGUCAAGAUUGUAUCCUUCUCUCCUUCAAACCUUUCCUGCAGAAAGACCGGCAAGGUGAACAUCAAUAUUCCCUCCCUUCCUACCAUUGGACACUCUGACCGUCUGCAAUGCAAGAUUGAGUCUUUCCAGAGUAACGGCAUCAUGUCAGACUCUGGUGAGGUCUCCUGUGAUCUGCCCCAGCCUGGGCUUAUACCGAAAACACCUGAGGGCCAAGACUUUGUGGCCGUGGCUAUCAGGAUCUUUGUAAAUGAGACUGUGGAGUUGGCCACGCGGGAAUUCAUGUUCUACAACUGUGCUGCCACAGUGAGGAAAUCUGAAAACACACCGUGCAUGUCAUGUGUAAGCAGUCAGUGGGGAUGUCAGUGGAACACGCAGGACCACACCUGCAGCGAUGCGGACAACAGCGUGGUUGGUUCCCACAUCAUCAAGCACCGUCAGAGCGCAAACUGUCCUCGGUUCGAGAAUCCAGAUCCUGUGCUCAUCCCUGUGGGCUACAAGACUCGAAUCAGCUUUGAAGGCAUAAAUCUGAAACAUUACCAGGGUCAUCAUUUCACCAUUGGCAGUGAGCUGAUGACAAAGGAAGAAGAUGUCUCGUUUGAGGGGGGACCAUUCUACACAUUCAGUGGCUUCAAUUUUUUCUAUGAUAAGUCACCGGAGACCAAUGUUCUGUUCUACGUGAAGGACAAGGAGUCUGGCGAGAAGAUGGACAGCACGGUGAACGUCACACUGUACAACUGUGCCGUUGAGAGGAACGACUGUAGUCUUUGUAAGAACGCCGACCCAAAGUACAAGUGUGUGUGGUGCAGCAAGAAGCUGGCGUGUGUGUAUGAGAAGCUCUGCGAUCCUCUCCCCAGCAACACAGAGUGUCCUGACCCUGAGAUCACCAAUAUCAGCCCUCUUUUCGGCCCCGUGCUGGGAGGCAUCUCCAUCACCAUCAGCGGUUCCAACCUCGGCAUCGAUCAGGGAGACAUUAAAAGCAUCACGGUGGCUGGGAAGCCCUGCAUUCAUGAGCCAGAAAAAUACUCCGUCUCCAAAAGAGUUGUGUGUGAGAUUGGACCUGCUGAUAAAGCUGACUGGGGACAGGUUGAGAUCGAGGUGAAUGGAGGGAAGAGAGGAACCUCCUCUGUUUCCUUCACCUACAGGGACCCGAUGCCUGAGGAGGUGAUGCCAAAUAGAGGUCCUAAAGCAGGGGGAACCCUCAUUACAAUCUCUGGACUAUUUCUGAAUGCUGGCAGUAAGGAAGAUGUCCAGGUUACCAUCGGAGGGGUGAACUGCAGUGUGGAGCACUUUGGAGAAAAUAUCACCUGCAGGACAGGAGAAUACCGCGUGGAUAAAGUGCCCUCUGACCCUCUCGACGUCGUAAUGAAGUAUGGAAAGAGAACCACAAAAAGCAUCCCGGCUAGCUUUCGGUUUGUUGAAAACCCCACUGUGCAGGAUCACCAGCCCAAUGCAAGCUUUGUCUGUGGAGGGAGGAACAUUGUGGUAACCGGCUCCGGAUUUGACAUAAUCCAGACUGCAAUCAUGAAGGUCCAGGGAGGCAACUGGUCGGCUUCAGAGCUUGCCCAUGAGAAGAACGACACAGUCAUCCAGUUUCAGUCUCCAACAGUAAACGGCUCCUUAAACCAGCACUUGAAAACAGUCAUCAAGCUGGACAACUGGGAGAAGGAGCUGAAGCCCUUUCACUACCACCCUAACCCCAGCUUCAAUAAUCUACAAAACAAGAUCAUCACUGCGAACAGCAUGAUUAUCGUUACUGGUCGGGGAUUCUCCAAAGCGAUGACAACUAAAGAAGCACAAGCCUUCGUAGGCGACGUUCAGUGUGUGGUCAACACCCUUCAGGAUGAUAAGCUGUUCUUGGAACCACCUUCCACCACGCCUCGUGCUCCUACUCGCUCCAAACAUCAGCACAGAGAGACGGGGUCGGAGAAUCUGGAGCUAAUGAUCAAGUUUGGGAAAGGGGAGUGGGUGGUCGACUCGGUGCAAUACGAGACGAAGAAUGAUUUCCCGCUCUACAUCAUCAUCCCUGCUGUCAUUGUGCCCAUGCUGCUCAUCAUCACUAUCUCUGUCUACUGCUACAGGAGGAAGAGUCAGCAGGCAGAGAGGGAGUAUGAGAAGGUGAAACACCAGCUUGAGAACCUGGAGGAGAGUGUACGAGACCGCUGCAAGAAGGAAUUCACAGACCUAAUGAUUGAGAUGGAGGACCACACCAAUGACCUGAAUGAGGGACGAAUCCCUUUCCUGGACUACAAGACGUACACAGACCGAGUCUUCUUCCUGCCCUCUAAGGACGGUGCCAAUGAUGUGAUGAUCACAGGGAAGCUAGAUAUACCAGAGGCUCGCAAGGCCACCGUGAUUCAGUCUCUCAACCAGUUCUCCAACCUCCUGAACUCCAAGACAUUCCUCAUUAAUUUUAUCCGUACCCUGGAGCGCAGUCAUGACUUUAACGCCAGGGCCAAGGUUUACUUUGCCUCCCUGUUAACAGUAGCUCUGCAUGGGAAGCUGGAAUAUUACACCGACAUUAUGAGAACACUGUUGUUGGAGCUGAUGGAGGAAUAUGUCAACAGCAAGAACCCCAAACUAAUGCUGCGCAGGUCAGAGACAGUGGUGGAGCGGAUGCUGUGUAACUGGAUGUCAAUCUGCCUUUACCAGUUUUUGAAGGACUCUGCAGGCGAGCCCUUGUACAAACUGUUCAAAGCCAUCAAGCACCAGAUUGAGAAAGGCCCCGUGGAUGUCAGAGUGAAGAAAGCCAAAUACACCCUCAAUGACACAGGCCUGUUGGGUGACGACGUUGAGUACUCUGUCCUGACCUUGCAAGUGCUGGUUCAAGGCGAGGGGCCGGAUGUUACGCCCGUCAAGGUGCUGAACUGUGACACCAUCUCGCAGGUGAAAGAGAAGAUCAUCGAGCAGGUGUACAGGAACCUGCCAUACUCCCAGCGGCCCAAAGUCGACAGCGUCACCCUGGAGUGGCGCCCUGGCUCAACGGGCCAGAUUUUGUCGGAUCUGGACUUGACCUCCCAGAAAGAAGGCAGGUGGAAACGCAUCAAUACUCUGGCACACUACAACGUGCGGGAUAACGCCACAUUAGUUUUGUCCAAAGUGCAGCACACGCAACAGAACUAUGACCAGAAUCAGGAAAACCACGAGGAGCGAAAUGCUUUAUUGGAAGAUGAUAAAGUGUUUCACUUGGUGAGGCCAACAGACGAACUGGAUGAGACCAAAUCUAAACGAGGAAGCAUAAAGGACAAGUCGAUGACCAAAGCCAUUACAGAGAUCUAUCUAACAAGACUCCUUUCCGUAAAGGGAACACUUCAGCAGUUUGUGGAUGACUUCUUCCGCAGCGUGCUGUGCUCUGGGGCAGUGGUCCCACCAGCUGUCAAAUAUUUCUUCGACUUCCUGGAUGAGCAAGCGCUGAAACACAACAAUGUGGAUGAGGAGACUAUCCAUAUCUGGAAGACGAAUAGCCUGCCUCUGCGGUUCUGGGUGAACAUCCUCAAGAAUCCCCACUUCAUCUUUGACGUCCACGUGUCUGAAGUGGUGGACGCCUCACUCUCUGUCAUCGCCCAGACUUUUAUGGAUGCUUGCACCAAGAGUGAGCACAAACUCAGCCGGGACUCGCCAAGUAACAAACUACUCUAUGCAAAGGAGAUCUCCACCUAUAAGAAGAUGGUAGAUGAUUACUACAAGGGCAUCAGGCAGAUGGUAUCUGUCAGCGACCAGGACAUGAACACUCACUUGGCAGAGGUGUCACGGUCUCACACAGACAAACUGAACACACACGUGGCUCUCCAUCAGCUUUACCAGUACGCCAGCAAAUACUAUGAUGGGAUCAUCGCUUCUCUGGAAGAGGACCCAGCUGCCCAGAGUAAACAGCUAGCCCUGCGGCUCCAGCAGAUAGCAGCCGCCCUGGAAAACAAAGUGACUGAUCUCUAACCCACUAAGUGGAGGGAGGAACCAAGGGAAGGGGGAAUAUCGCCAGUGACUACAGGGGCUUAUUUCUUUCUUUUUUUUUUUUUUUUGUGAAUAAAUUCCAGAAAUGUGA